GCAGCAACACCACAUGUCGCGCGAUGGGAAGAAACACCAGCUCAUGCUAAUGCAACUGAUGCUACGCCGUCUGUUAAUAGGUUUGAUUCAACCCCUUCUACUCAAACUCCGCGAAGAAAUCGCUGGGAUGAGACACCACGAGAAAGUGUACGUGAUACAGGAGCUAUGACUCCUGGAUGGGGUAUGGAUACUCCUGCUCGCGGUACGGAUGACGUUAAGGUGGAGGAUACCCCGUCAGCCUCAAAACGUCGAUCCCGAUGGGAUCUAACACCUUCGCAAACGCCGGCUGCAGGAUCAGUUACACCACAACCUGGAGCAGUUACACCUUCGUUCACACCAAGCCAUGGAGGCACACCUGCUGGCGCACUGACACCAGGAGGAGCAACUCCUUUGGGAACUCCUGCAAUGGGUAUGAAAACUCCCAUGGCACCGGUAGCUAUGACUCCAGAACAGAUGAAAAAUUUCUUGUGGGAGAAAGAGCUUGAUGAUAGGAAUCGUGCGCUUAGUGAUGAGGAGCUAGACGCGCUGUUUCCACCGGGAUACAAAAUUCUUCCACCUCCGGCAGGUUACAUGCCUUUGAGAACUCCAACACGUAAACUCAUGGCUACUCCAACGCCUUUGGGUGGAAUAGCUGCUGGCGGAUUCUUUAUGCAAGGCACCCCAGAGAGAGAUGGACUUGGUGAUAAAGGUGAGAAUUGUUGGAAAAGUGUGGGUGGUAUCUUGGAUACCCAACCGAAAAAUCAGGAUCUUCCACCCCUUAAGCCGGAUGAUAUGCAGUACUUCGAUAAGCUGUUGAUGGAUGUUGAUGAAAAACAGAUGAAAAAUUUCUUGUGGGAGAAAGAGCUGGAUGAUAGGAAUCGUGCGCUUAGUGAUGAAGAGCUAGACGCGCUGUUUCCACCGGGAUACAAAAUUCUUCCACCUCCGGCAGGUUACAUGCCUUUGAGAACUCCAACACGUAAACUCAUGGCUACUCCAACGCCUUUGGGUGGAAUAGCUGCUGGCGGAUUUUUUAUGCAAGGCACCCCAGAGAGAGAUGGGCUUGGUGAUAAAGGUGUGGGUGGUAUCUUGGAUACCCAACCGAAAAAUCAGGAUCUUCCACCCCUUAAACCGGAUGAUAUGCAGUACUUCGAUAAGCUGUUGAUGGAUGUUGAUGAAAGCACUCUCACAAAAGAAGAGCUGAACGAGCGUGAGAUUAUGACCCAUCUGUUGAAAAUCAAAAAUGGUCUGCCGCCACAAAGGAAGAGUGGUUUGAGAAAGAUUACCGAAAACGCCAGAAAAUAUGGUGCAGGGCCACUAUUUAAUCAGAUUCUUCCACUUUUGAUGUCACCUUCGUUAGAAGAUCAGGAGCGACAUCUUAUGGUUAAGGUAAUCGACCGUAUACUGUACAAGUUGGAUGACCUGGUUCGUCCAUAUGUGCACAAAAUUCUGGUGGUCAUUGAGCCACUUCUGAUUGAUGAGGAUUAUUACGCCAGAGUAGAAGGUAGAACAAUUUUUGCUGACUUUUAUUUAUAUUUUCACAGAAAUACUGAGGUUUGCCGCUGAAA